AUAACAUUGGUUAAGUUGGAGUUUGGGUUUAGUUUUAUCCAGUUUUAUCGGUUUCAUUAACCACUGUUGACCACUGUACUUGACUGUACUCUUGUAUUUCUGUGAUUUCUGCAACAUUUUGAUUUUUUUUUACAAAUAAACGUCAUCUCAACAAGCAUAGAUCGAAUUGUUAGUGUAUACAAAGGGACGGGUGCCUUGAACGGAAGAAGCUUCUUCCUGAUAUUCCUCAUUCAAUGCGCGGUUCUUAGGUUUCUUUCUGCAUGAAAUUAUGCUGGCACUAAAAGAUUAUGGUAGCAGCGAUGAAAGCGAAACCGAAAACGACUCCACAGCAGCACCUAAUAAGAAAUUCACGAGCAAUCUCCCGGAGAUUGUGGCUACUGGAACAGAAUUGUGUACAAAACACCCAGAUUCGACUGCAACAGAAGUUACAUAUAAUCCUGGUGAGAAAUUCACGAGCAGUCUCCAGAUUUGCUCUGCUCCAGAGGUCGUGCCCACUGGAACAGAAUUGUGUAUAAAGCACACAGAUCCAACUGCAACAGAAGUUUUAUAUAAUCCAAAAUAUGAAGAGCUUUUUGGACCUGAGGUAGGACCGGAGAAUCCAUUCAAGACGCAGCAGCAGCGUGCAGUGAAAAAUAUGCUGUCCGGAUAUGUAGAAAGCGCGCAUAUAAGUGAAUUUCAAUUUGAAAAUCAAAGAAGAACGUUUGCCAGUUAUGGUUAUGCUCUCGAUCCAACUGUGGAUGGCAGUGCAGACGAAGGCAGAGUUAUGAUUGGUGCAACGGAAGCAGCAGAAGAAUCGGGUGGUAAGACUGUUUUCGAGAAUACUAUCCUGAGACCUUCAGACAAACGAAAGAGAAACAGAAACAACAAUCCAUCAGACAUAGAAGGUUUUUUGGGUCCAUGGGGUGGUUAUGUAGAUGAAAAACGAGUUAUCAAGCCAAGUGAGGAGGAGGCUGCUGAAUUGGAAGAGAUCUUAGCUAAACGAAAUAAACGAGGAAAACAGACGGAGGAGAAACCACUCGAGGAAAAAACAGUAUUACAUAUCAAAGACAGUGUGGAUUAUCAGGGACGUUCGUUCUUGCAUGCGCCUCAGGAUGUCGGCGUGAACCUCAGAUCGGAAUCGCCGCCCGAUCGUUGCUUCCUACCAAAGGCGCAAAUUCACACAUGGGAGGGCCAUACCAAAGGGAUCUCGCAAAUUCGAUGGUACCCACGUACAGCGCAUUUAUUAUUGUCCUGUAGUAUGGACUGUCGAGUGAAGUUGUGGGAAGUAUACAAAGAUAGAAGAUGCGUGCGUACAUACUAUGGACAUCGUCAGGCAGUACGAGAUAUCAGUUUUGACAAUGAUGGCAAGCGAUUUUUAUCAGCAGCUUAUGAUCGCUAUGUAAAACUAUGGGACACAGAGACAGGGGCAUGUAUUAGCCGCUUUACAAGUAGAAAAAUUCCAUAUUGCGCCAAAUUUAAUCCCGAUCCAGAUAAGCAGCAUCUCUUUGUGGCUGGUACCAGUGACAAAAAGAUCAUUUGUUGGGAUAUACGUUCUGGUGAAAUAACGCAGGAAUACGAUAGACACUUGGGUGCUGUAAAUACCAUCACAUUUGUCGACGAGAACAGACGAUUUGUUACAACCAGUGACGAUAAGAGUCUCCGGGUUUGGGAAUGGGACAUUCCAGUGGACAUGAAAUAUAUAGCCGAUCCAUCCAUGCAUUCUAUGCCGGCGGUAACACCGUCGCGAAAUCAAAAAUGGCUUGCUUGCCAGAGCAUGGACAAUAAGAUUGUCAUAUUCUCUGCGUUAAAUAGAUUUAAAAUGAAUCGAAAGAAAACGUUCACAGGACACAUGGUCGCGGGAUAUGCCUGCGGUUUAGACUUCUCGCCAGAUAUGAGUUAUUUGGUAUCAGGAGAUGCUGAUGGUAAAUGUUAUAUAUGGGACUGGAAAACAACAAAAUUGUAUAAAAAAUGGAAGGCCCAUGACGGUGUUUGCAUCGAUGUGUUGUGGCAUCCACAUGAACCUUCUAGACUCGCUACUGCUGGCUGGGAUGGCAAAAUCAAGUAUUGGGACUAAAACGACUUGUAAGACAUAAUUAGACAGCUUUAUAAAGAACAAAAAUAUUUUGUAUAUUUGUAAAUAAAUAUUAUAGCAAUUAGAAGAAAUAAAUAUUUUUAAACGCUAAUGAACUGUCACUGACAACUCAUGAAUGUGUAUGCAGUUUAUGCGAAUGCUUUUUUAAACUACGUAUAAAUAAUGAUUAAAUUAUUCAUUUUUUAGAAAAAUUUACUACUUUUUUCUCAAUCCUUUUAUUAUCUUCUCGUUAAUACCUUGUCUAAUCUCAAACAAUUGGAUAUAUCGGAUAUAAUCAAGUUUAAUUGUUUCAGUAGAAGACUUCGUUGUUGCUAUACAAUUGUUACGGCACGUGGCAUGUAUAAUGCGAUACUAUUGAAUCUCGUCAUUUAGCGACACAAAUAUACCUAGUAUUAUUUACCGUAGCGCUUCUCUCCAACCCUCCUCGAUACCGAUGAGUUAGCAACCCUGUUUCGCGGGAUAUGGCGUAAGAAAUCAAUAGUGCGCGCGUCAGUAUACGCCGUACACUCGUGCGGUCGCUCUCCGUAUUUUAGCUCCGAUUGCAAAAUUAAAACGCGACACGGAGUGCGCUGCCGAAAAUUUCUUACUUGACACACAGCACCCCGCCCUAUGAAAUCCCUCGUGAAUUGUAAGCGUUAUGCGUGCGACAAGUAUAUAUCAAGACUACAGAUAGAAGUGAGAUCUGUUACCACGCAAUAAAGUGGCAGG